GCUGCCUCCAUUGUGAGCCGGACUGAGCCACCGCUAGCGCUGUGCUGGGUUGUGUUUCCCUACCGUCCCUCUGUGCACAGCCAGGGGGGCUUUCUCUGCGGGCUGACACUAGCUCCCGGGGCAGCCCCAGGCUCUAUCGCCACCAGCUCCUGAGCCGCAUACUCCAGGACACCCUGAAACCUGCUCACGACCCUUCCAGGGGCCCCCGGAUCCCUGGUUGAGAACCUCUGCUGUAUAGCAUAGGUCAAAGAAGAUCACCCAGUGAUUACUGCAUUGAGGCCAAUAACGUGUGGCUGAGCUAGAGAGUUCUCUUUUCUCUUCUCUUCUAAGAAAGAGCAGGUGACAGGACUGUGAGUGACAACAAAGCAAGAGAAUCUUCAAAGUCUUGCUGGAGAGGAACUGCCUAAGAUGUUUCCAAAACGAUCCAAAGGAAAUGUAUCUCAGAAACUAGACCAAGGAAAAUCCCUUAAGAGUCAGGGUAGGUCAGAAGCACAGCAGCAAAACCCUUCAGAGGAGAGAGAGAGUAAAUCAACCCACCGUGGGAGAGGUGUGAGAAAACGCAAAGACACUAUCGUCCGCCAGAGAACAUAUGCAGGGGAGAGGCCCAACAUCUGCAUUGAGUGUGGGAAAAGCUUCACCCAGAGCUCAGACCUUACAAAUCAUCGGAGAAUCCACACAGGGGAGAAACCUUAUAAAUGCAUUGACUGCGGGAAAAGCUUCAGCAUCAAUUCAAACCUUAUCCGUCACCAGAGAACCCACUCUGGGGAGAGACCCCACAGCUGCUCUGACUGUGGGAAAAGCUUCACAGACAAAUCGACCCAGACCCAGCACCCGUGCGUCCACAUGGGUGAGAAGCCCUAUAAAUGCAUUGACUGUGGGAAGAGCUUCAGCCACAGCUCCCACCACAAGAGACGCCUGAGGAGUCCUCCAGGGAAGAAGCAGGACAAAUGCACCGGGCGGGACAGCGCUGCCAUUGGGAAGGUUAAAAAAACUAAAACCUCAAAGAAGAAAACCUCGACCAUUGAGAUCCCCAUCACAUGUGCCGAGUGCUGGCAAAGCUUCAGCCAGAACUCGGACCUGGUCAAACACAUGAGGAUCCACACAGGAGAGAAACCCUAUGAGUGUACUCACUGUGGGAAAUGCUUCAAUGUCAGUUCAAACCUGAUCAGACACCAGAGGAUCCACACAGGAGAGAAACCUUAUGCAUGCUCUGACUGCGGGAAAAGUUUCACUGACAAAUCUACCCUGACCCAGCACCAUCGGAUCCACACGGGAGAGAAACCUUAUGAGUGCAUUUACUGUGGGAAAAGCUUCAGCCGCAGCUCCCACCACAAGAGGCAUCAGAGAACCCACACAGGAGAGAACCCUGUGUCCUUCCUGCCUUUAUGGCCCUACCCCACUCAAACAUGUUAGGAGUUGGAGGAGGGAAGAAAAGUCCAUUAUAGCAAUAGGAGGCGGUAGCUAGAGGAGAUUGGAGCUGUGUGCUUGUGGGAUCUGCUUUCUGGUUAGUGGGGUGGUGAGUAGUGGGAGGGAACUGGCAUGGCUUUUUAGCAGGGAUCGUUAGGGGAGGGUGCUGGUUCUUGGGAGAAUCGGUUUUAGUGGUUGGGACUAGGGCUGGUGUUGGGAGGGCAAGUAGCUGGUAGGAUAAGGGGUGGGGGAGUGUGUUGUUAAAUGUUUACUAUUGGCCUGUGUAGAAUGGAUUGUAGGUUUCUUGCCAUUUCCAGGUAGGAUGAGUGUCUAUGCCCCUGAGAACACCAGCGGGACUAACCCAGACUGGACUCACUGUGGUAGAGGCCACGGGGACGGAGUGGGAUCCUAGAAGUGGUUCUCCCAGGAGAGGACUGUGGCACAGCUUUCACACUAUGUACACCAAGGGCCUCUCUCCAGCAGCAGCACAUUCACAUCUAUUUAACUAGUUUCGGUCAAAGGCAAAUGAGGCCAGCUCCCUUUCUGGUGUUAGAAAAGGAAAUUCUCAUUCCUACCUUAAACAGACUGCUCAGUUACCACCAUUCCCUUCCUUUCUCUUCUGGAAUAGACAUUGCUGUGCUAGCCCAGCAGUUGUACAUGGGGACUCUGUAUGCGCUGUAGAACAAAUAGUGAUUAACAAAAUGUUUAAACCAAAAAUCACUUCCAUUUCUUUGUUCUUGUGGUUCUUACUGUCUCCGGGCUGUAAUCUUUCUUCUGUUCCCCACCCCAAAUGUAAUCAGUUCAGGGAAUUCAUGGCACUGUUGGCAGAAUUCAGGUGACCUGUGAGCUGAAGAGGUCACUGGGAGUUAAUGUGGCUCCCCAUCCCAAGAGGCUAGACACGUCCAGAGGGGAGCAACCUGUCUCCUUCUCCCCAGCAGCAGCUGCAGCAUUGCUCUUUUCUCUCUGGAUCAUCAUUCUCUACCAAGAGGUGCAGAACUGGACUCCUUCAGACAUCUUAACCUGCCUCACACUUUCCAGUCAGUUACCC